AUGGAGAGUGUUAAAACCAUUGAUACUUCUAUAGCCAUUGCUACUCGGCUGGACAUGGAUGACCCUGGUUCUCCUGUUAAUGAAACUAUGUAUAGGGGUAUUAUUGGCUCCUUACUCUACCUGACUGCAAGCAGACUUGACAUUAUGUUUAGUGUUGGUUUGUGUGCAAGAUUUUUAUCCAGUCCAAAAGAAUCUCAUUUAAAGGAUGCAAAAAGAAUUUUGAGCUAUCUCAAAGGGACCACGGACCUAGUCCUCUUCUAUCCUUCAGGAGAUAAUUUUGACUUGGUAUGCACGCAUUGGCAAUCUCAAGACUUCACAAGGAUGAGUGACAUUGCUUUUUUCAAAGAUUGUGCCCUCAUUUUGAAAAGUGUCAAGGAACUUGGUUCCUGUGACUCAUUCUCACCCCCAAAAUCCUCUCCUCCUGGUUCUUCAAGAACUCGUAAAAGCCAUAAGUACACUGCAUUGGUUGAUGAAGACGAUGUAUCACCAUCAAAUUUGGUAGUUGUUGAGGCUAAUGAGCAAGAAGUUGAAGUGGAGGAAACUUCACUUGAAAGGAAAAGUUCAAGAAAGGAAAAAUCAAGGAACGACAAGUCAGCGGUGGUUGCUUAG